AAUCUCCCAUAUUCUUUUUGACAGUCAUGGCAGUCUUUAAUCGUCUCCGGCUGGUUUCUCUAGCCGUGCUGAUGCUGGUGUCUCAGCUGGACUUUGCCAGUGCUUCUGUUCGGGUGUUUGGUUUAUAUGCCAGAGACCUCACCGGAGAUCCUGCCGGAAACAAACCCGAUCCAUACGUCAAGAUCUGGUGUGGCUCUACUUUCGGGGGGCAGACCGAAUAUCACAAGGAUAAUGCUCAUCCUGUGUGGUCUGCAGAGUUCAACUUCCCAAACUGCAAAGCUAAAGAAAGCCUGAAGCUGGAGGUGUGGGACAAAGACCUGAAUUUUGACGAUAAGUUGGGCACAUGUACUAAAACGGUGGAAUAUGGGUUGUUCUCUGUUACUUGUCAUCUGUCGAAAGGAUCUCUGUUUUACAAGUAUGAGCUGAAGCAAUAAAUCGGUUCCAAUCUGUAGCUAGCUUGAACGCUGUCUGUAUGCAUUGCUAUUGACGUUCAUUAAAAUCUACUCCUAACAUCUA